CCAAAGAAAGAGGAACUGACAACACGGAGAGAAGACAAAUAACUAUUAGAGACGAUUUCAGGAUCCGAGACUGUAAAGAUGAGAAGAUUUCUCCUGCUGCUCCUCUCACUGAUGACGACAGGGAGUCAGGCCUCACAUGAAGUCAAGGGAUGUCUGGGAGGAUGGGUCGACUUCACCUGCCCAUAUCCCAACACACAGCAAGGUUUUCAAAAUAUUAAUGUAAUCAAUAAAACCAAAACCGUCAUAAGAAGUACUAAAAAAGAUGAGUGGGAAGUCAAAGACAGAGUUUCCAUGUACCGUGACACAAAGAAUAAAAAACUGAGAGUGAUCAUCAAAGACCUUCAGGACAAAGACGCCGGAGAGUGGAAGUGCAUGUUUGGACGUACUGAGUCUGUGUCUGUCGACAUUAAACUGAACAGGAAAGCUGUUGCAGAUAAAGAUGUUUGCCGGGAACCAUUUGAUCAAACUGCCUACAAAACAGCUCAGACCACCAUCACAUGUGAAGACCCUGAAGCUGAUUACUGGUCCAAAGCCAUGUUUUUCUGCAAAGACAGAAACUCCGACUGUGAGGAUAUCACAGAAAAAGCAAAUGAUACAGACAACUUCCUCAUCAUGUCCAUCAGAAAUGUGUCGCCACAGCAUCACAAUGGGAUCUACUGGUGUGGACUCACAUCAGGUGAUGGAAGUUACCGAGCUGGACUCAGACAAAUACGACUAAAGGUUGCAGAUAUCAUUAACUUCCAAAGGUCUCCAAAAGUUGGAGACACUUUUGAAUACUUUUGUAAAUAUUCAGAAAAAGAAAAAGAAUCAGUGAAAUUCAUCUGUAAGGGAGAAGAUCCUUCUAUAUGCCAUCCUCUAAUAAACACCACACGGGAGAACAUCAGUACUGGAAGGUUUUCCAUGACGGUGGAUCAACAGAAGAGAAAUAUCACCAUAACAUUGUUGAAAGUAAAACAGGAGGACUCUGGGACGUACUGGUGUGGAGAUCUAAGCACUGAUGGAACUCACAGGUUCUUUCACAGGAUGGUGCUGACUGCAGUAACAUCGACCCCAUCUACUGAGAGUCCUGGUAAGAGAGCAGAUGUGUUCGUGUAUGUCAUUGCUGUGAUCGUCUGUGCUGUUGUGCUGCUGCUGUUCGUGCUCAUUUCGAUCGUUACCUACAAACGGUUGUCCCUUUCAAAAAGAACAAGACAUGGAGCAGCAGCCCAGAACACCAAAGAGGAUUACAUCUACGAGGAGAUACAGGAACGCGUCACAAAUCCAGACUCACGACAUGCAACCAAAACAGUUUAUGCCACGGUCGACUUUCCCAAGAACUCGUCCCCCUCGCUGCAUUACUCUGCCAUCAGUUUCCAGCAGAGCUCUGGAGGUGAGGGACUGACCCUCAAACCCAGCUCCUCCGCCUGUGAAUACUCGUCUGUGAAGCAGAGCCCAAGUGCUGCCAAUCAAGCGUCCAGACCUUCAGAGGAACCUUUCUACUCCACGGUCAACAAGAAUCAGUGAGGACGAAUCGAAGAGUUUGUCUGAAGGAAUAAGGAAUAAGGAAAUCUUGCAGAGAGAUUAGGUGGAAAGGUUCAGCGUGGACAAAGAAGAAACCAUUUUGAUCUGGAACGAUAAAUAAAAAAGAAUCUUCAGGUCUCUGUAGCGGGAAACAGCCGAUGCACUCAUUAAUUUAAAACACCUACAAUCACAUUUUUUUUAGCUGCUGGAAACCGAGGCCUUACCAAGCAGAAACCUCUGGUGUUGAAAAAUGAAGUUGAUGCUGAAGUGUAAACUCCUGCAGUUCCUCGAGUGUCCACUAGAGGCUG